AUGUAUAAAUCUGAACGACAAAAAGAUAUCGCACAUUCAAAUAGGCCCAAAAGAAAUGAACCAAAAAAUUCUGAUAUUCUGGAAAACGUUUCUAAUGAAAAAUGUAUUGAAAACAAUGCUACUGAAUUGUUAUAUGACAAAAUGGAUAAUAGUAUAAAUAAACAAAAUAGUAUAAAUAGACAAAAUGAUAUAAAUAGACAAAAUAGUAUAAAUAGCCAAAAUGAUAUAAAUAGACAAAAUAGUAUAAAUAGCCAAAAUGAUAUAAAUAGCCAAAAUAAUAUAAAUAGACAAAAUAGUAUAAAUAGACAAAAUAGUAUAAAUAGCCAAAAUAGUAUAGGUAGCCAAAAUAGCAUAAAUAGCCAAAAUGAUAUAAAUAGACAAAAUAGUAUAAAUAGCCAAAAUAGUAUAGGUAGCCAAAAUAGUAUAGGUAGCCAAAAUAGCAUAAAUAGCCAAAAUAAUAAAAAUCACAAAAAGGGUGUUAAUAAAAAUAGGCAAAAACAUAACAAGAUUGAGCAAAAAAAAAAAAAAAAUACGAAUAGUUUAUUGGAAGAUAAUUGUGUGCAAGGAACAGAGAACACACACCACGAAAAGAGUUUGAAUGACGAUUGUUUAAAUAUGGAACAGAAUAAAGAAAAUGUAAAUGACCAUUUGAAGGAAAUCGAAAAAAAAAAUAGCAAUAAUGAAAUAAAAGCAGAUAUUAAUGAUGAAAAGCUACAAUUGGAAAGGGAUUAUGACAUAGAAGUUGAUGAUCAAAAUAAAGAUGUGUUAUCCUUUCGGGUUUGUGUAGAUGAGAAAAUAAAUGAAAAGGAUAUGGAAUAUGAAAAACAUGAAAAAGAUAUAAUACAUGAUCAAAAUGAAAAUCAUAUAGUAGAUGAUAAUAAAAUCGUAUGUGAUAAUAAUAUUAUAUGUGAUAAUAAUAUUAUAUGUGAUAAUAAUAUUAUAUGUGAUAAUAAUAUUAUAUGUGAUAAUAAUAUCAUAUGUGAUAAUAAGAUCAUAUGUGAUAAUAAUAUUAUAUGUGAUAAUAAUAUCAUAUGUAAUAAUAACAUUAUACCUAAUAAUAACAUUACAAUUAAUAAUUACAAUAAUAAUAAUAAUAAUGUUGUAGAAAACAUUACACAUGUGAAUAAUAUUGAUGAAAUAAAAUUAAAAAGAAAAAGGAAAAGAAAAAAUAAUUUUUCUGAAGAUAUACAAGAAGAAGGAGAAGAUGAUUUUAUAAAAGAUAAAGAUUGUAAAGCAGUGAAAACCCUUAAGGAUAGUAAAAGAAUUCUUCUUAAUUGCAAUAAAUAUAUGGAAUAUAAUGAUAUGUAUAAAAUAGAAGAUAAUGUUCAGAAUAAUAAUAUGUGUGAAAAUUUAUUAUGUAAAGAAAAAGGUACUAAUGAUAAACAAAUAGACAAAAAUUUUGAAAAUGUUGAAAAUGUUGAAAAUGUUGAAAAUGUUGAAUAUAGAAAGGAUAAUAUUAAUAUAUGUAACAAAAUAAAUUUACCAAUGGUUUAUGAAAAUAUUAUGCAGAGUGAUAGUAACAAUAUAAAUAAAUAUAAAGGUUCUUCAUUUGCAUUAAUUAUACAUGAGAUAUCUGAUUUGUUAUCAUUAAUUACAACUAUCGAUAAAAGUAAAAAUAAAAAUAAAAUAAAGCUAGUUAAUAUUGGACAACAAUUAAAUACUCUUAUGAGAUCACAUUAUGAACGUAUUUAUGAUUGUGACAAUUCUCUUGUUUCCACUAUAAAAAAAAUAAAAAAAUUGUAUAAAUGUUAUAAAAGUAUGGAGGAAAAAUAUUUAAAAAAAAAAAAAAACGAAAAUAUAAAUGUAAAUGUAAAUUUGAUAGAUAAAAAGAACACUCCAAAUAAUAAUGAUAAUAAUAGUGAUAAUAAUAAUGAUAAUAUUAAUGAUAAUAUUAAUGAUAAUAUUAAUGAUAAUAUUAAUGAUAAUAUUAAUAAUAAUAUUAAUGAUAAUAUUAAUGAUAAUAAUAAUAAUAAUAAUAAUAAUGAGGAGGAGCGGGAGGAAGAAGACCCUAAUGAUGGUAAUAAUAUUAAAAAUGAAAAAUUAAUUCAAGAUGGUUUUAUUCAAAAUGAGUUCAUACCAAAAAUAGAUAAUGAUAUAAAUCAAAAGGAUGAAAAUAAUUCUGAUGACAAUAUAAAAGAUAAAAUGGAUAUACUUAAUUGUUAUAUGAAUGAAAAAUUAAAUAUGGAUUGUCAGGAUACUUUUCUUGAAAAAGGAGAUCACACAAAUGUGGUAAAUGAGAUGGAUGAGAAAGUAAUCGACAAGGAAAAUAUAAUGGAUAAUAUAAAGAAAGAUAUUAUUAAAAAUAUUGGAAGUAUGGAAUCUAAAUCCACAGCUGUUACUUAUAAGGAGUAUGAUCUAUCAUUAAAUGAAGAAUAUAUUGAGUAUUUAAAAAAAAAGAAAAAAAUUCUUAAUGAAUUAGAAAAAUGUAAUUCUCAUUUUUUUUUUACAUAUUUUCAUAAAGGAGAACUUAUAGAAUAUCUGCAUAACCAAAUAAAUAUGCACAUUGUAGAAUUUGAUAAAGUGUAUCAGUUAUAUAUAUCAAAUUGA